UUUUACUUUGGUACUAUAUAAUUCAGAGUACUUGUAGUUUAAUAAAUUAAUUAUAUAUUUAUAAAAAUUUUUAUAAUUUAAAAUGAAUUCAACUGUUGAUCCAAGGAGAAAAGAAAAGGUGGUUCGUUAUAAGCCUCCUUCUACACAAGGACAAUCAGGUGCUCCUAAUGAGGAUUUAAUGCCUGAUUAUAUGAAUAUUUUAGGUAUGAUAUUCUCGAUGUGUGGUCUUAUGAUGAAACUAAAAUGGUGCGCUUGGUUUGCUUUAUAUUGUUCAUGUAUCAGUUUUGCCAGUUCACGCGUGAGUGAUGACGCUAAACAGGUCUUAUCGUCAUUUAUGUUAAGUGUUAGUGCAGUUGUAAUGUCAUAUCUUCAAAAUCCAUCGCCAAUGACACCUCCUUGGGGAACUUCAACUUAGUGAAAACGCAAUUAUUAAUUAAAAUAAAUAUAUUUUAUAGUUUGUAAAAUAUUUUUUUUUACAAAUUUUUGCAAUGAGCUGAAGAGCUUUUUUGCUGUAAAAAUAUAU